CGGGUAACACCUUGUGGUUAUUUUCCAAAACUCACUGCUGCCGACACACUCGCCUGUCCACAGAAUCUUACGGAAAUGCUUAUUUCAUUAUGUCUGCUGCCAGUCAGGCUUGGUCCAUGUUGGCCUUUUCAUUUUGUAACUCAGUCCU